AUCGAAAUGGACAACACAUCAUUUAAUAUGGUAUUCACCCUUUCUGCAUUUAAAGAAUCAAAAGCAAAUAAAUAUAUUUUCUUUCCUUUGACGAGUGCUGUUUAUCUAGUAAUUAUUGUAUGUAAUUUGACCCUCAUUGUGACAAUCCUGCGAGAGAGAGCUCUCCAUGACCCCAUGUAUAUCUUCCUGUGUAAUCUGUGUAUUAAUGGACUGUUUGGAACAGCUGGGUUCUACCCUAAAUUCCUCUCCGAUUUACUGUCUGACUCUCAUGUAAUCUCAUACAAUGGUUGUCUCCUACAAAUAUUUGUAAUCUACUCUUACUCUAUGUGUGAAUACACAACGUUAACAUUAAUGGCUUAUGACAGGUUUGUAGCUAUCUGCAGACCAUUGGAAUAUCACAUGAUCAUGACAGCUCAUACUAUUGGCAAAUUAAUUUUAUUUUCAUGGAGUUUCCCCUUUCUGUCUGUGCUAAUUGGAAUUUUGUUGACAAACAGGUUGCCACUAUGUGGAUUUCACAUUGAUAAGCUCUACUGUGACAACUGGUCAGUUGUGAAGUUGUCUUGCAUACCAACUACAACAAAUAAUGUGUUUGGGUUCAUUGUAAUCAUUUUGUCCGUUGGACAUGGAAUUUUUAUUCUGUAUUCAUACAUGAAAUUAAUUCCUGCAUGCAAAAAAUCCAGAGAUAACCAGAAAAAAUUUAUGCAGACUUGUUUACCACAUUUAAUUUCAUUAAUCAACUUUACAAUAGCUAUACUUUUUGACUUAAUGUUCAGUCGAUAUGGACCAAAGGAUUUUCCACAGAGUGUACGUCAUUUCCUGCAAGUGGAAUUUCUAGUUAUCCCCCCUCUUUUCAACCCUCUUAUCUAUGGGCUAAAGGUUAAUGAGGUACGUAAAAGGAUUCUGAAGAAACAUAAAGUCACAGAUUCUUUACAUACAAGGAAAAAAAGGUGA